AUGGUUACGGUGCCGACCAACGGAGGGUGCAGCGGUGAUGGAUGGAAAUUGCCCAAGCAAUAUCACAGUAAACGUAUCAAAUAUCGAGGUCAAAGCAGGAAGAGUUUAUCACACCUGUUGUGUGGGCGUGAAGAAUAUGAAAAGACGCAGACAAUAUCAGGGCAGUCUGUUAUUCAACGUCAUGUCAAUGCAUUUAUAGAGAAAGUGAAAUUCAAUUUGAUCUAUGCGACAAAGGAUGCUAAAUUGUUGAUGAUCAGAAACUUAAAGGGAAAGCAGUUGAUUUGGACAACAAGAACUGAAACAUUUCAAAGAGGACAUGGAUUCAACUUCAUUGGCCCAAAUCCUGACAACAUUCGUGUGAUGAGGGACAAAGCAACUGCUAGAGAUACCAUGAAGAAUGCUGCUGUUCCAUGUGUACGUGGAGAGCAAAGAGGAAGGCAUCAUGAUUGCUGCACCCCACCGCCUUACUACUUCCUUCUUUCUCUCUCUGUCUCUCUCUAGCCAAGAAAUCCGCUUCUCCACUAUUGAUUUGCCGCCCCGGUUUUCUCCAUUGUCGGGCUAGCCUAAGGCAUGGUCAACCUGGCCAACGGCUGAAGGAGCUGUUGAUAAGAAUUGAUAUUCAGUUUCAGUAAAUUUGCUAGACCUAAUUACCUUUUUUUUUGUAUUUCUUCUGUUCAUGAUCUGGAGUUUUUUUAGAUAUAACUGGACAACUUUUAGGAAUCUUUCGGGAACCGUUUGUGGUUUCUAAUAUUACUUAAGAGUAUAGAAGCAAUUCUGGAACCCGCACAUUAGUAUAUGAGCAUAAGGAGUCUCAAGUGAUUUUUAGUUUAAGCUGGAUUUGAACAACAGAUAGCACGUGGUUCUUACAACUUGAUGUUAAUGAAAUAAAUGAGGAGGAAUAUGACAAAUUUUUAGCAAGAUCAGAGCAUAAGAAGCUUCUUGCAUGAUUGGAACUAUCAAGGCAAAGUAGCACAGGCUGGUUAUUGACCAUUAUGCCCCUGGUCAUUUAAAAGUCUUUUGGCAUCGUUUUGGCUUUUACUUUGUUUUUUAGGAAAAGGACAAGAAAUUAAAGUCUGUGAAAAGGCAACAAAUGACACACCUUUGGGUAAGCAACACAAUAUAUUUCUCUAUUUUUUAACUUAUUUAACAUGGAUGAAGCUGACUUGAUUGAACGAUUUGUUUCUUAGCUUAAAUUUUUUUCAUGUACAUCGUAUGUCUUGUAUUGUAUUGUGUUGUAAAAAGUAAAAUCAUCUCAUUUUUGUUGCAUUUUAUGGUGUCAUGUGAUAAAACUGCUAUUACAAAGUAUCAGGUCGACCAAAGCAACAAUUCGAGAAGGUAUGGAGAGGAGAAAAACCUGAAUGCAUGACAGUUACAUGCGGAAUCUAUGAUGCAAGCAUGACAACUUAACAAUCUGUUUAAGUACUUAAUCAAUAACCUUUUUUUUACAACGGAAUACAUUCUAACCCCCGCAACGCUGGGGGAAACUUUCCUAGUUUGUUAAGGAAAUAAGAGCGGGAAGAGAAGGGGUUUAGUGGUGGGCCUACCUGUGCAUCAUCUUUUAUCAUAAAAAAUAAAAGACAAAACUACACAAAUGGAUCCUUGCUUAGCUCAAAAUUUUCAUUUUGGUAAAAAAAAAGUUUGG